UGGAACCUGCGCUGGUUGUGUCAUAGAUUGCUAUCCUGGUUUAUAUUCUUGAUCUGUUUUAACUAAUUGAGAGGGUUCUGCGGUGUUCUCUAUGUGGCUAUUGGAAUAGCAUAUGGCAGGGGCCUGGCUUGUCUGCGUGUUUCUGACCUUGACGAAGAGGCUAACGUGCGCACGGGAAGUCCCUAGAUGUAAAGUUGUAACUAAGCCGGACGGCCGGUUACUCCGGCGCUUUCCGGUUUGACAAUGAAACAGGUGCGGUACACGGCGCUUCCGCGCAGUGGAAGUCGAAGCGUGCGUUCUCCUCAACGAAAAAAGCCAUUGCUCCCUACUAGAUAUACUCUGGUGCUGAUGCUGUUUUGGGCUUUCUUUAUGCUCUACUCGUUACGCGUCAACCUCUCGGUAGCUAUCGUGGCUAUGGUCAAUCUAACUGCGUUAGAAAGCGCCUUACCGCCCACAAUUGAUCCGUUGUUGGAGACCUGUCCGCGUAACGUUAGUCAGGACCCUCUUCCAAGUAGCUCACGGCUUGCGACACCGGAUUACGUUGGCGAGUUCAAUUGGGACGAAAAUACACAGGGAAUGAUCCUAGGUGCAUUUUUCUAUGGCUACGUGCUAACCCAACUGCCGGGGGGCCGACUGGCGGAACUCAUAGGGGCUAAAUGGCUCUUGGGCUGCGGUAUUCUAUGGACGUCUGUGCUUUCGCUGGUAACACCGUUUGCGGCACGCGUAUGGGGUGCCCGCGGCCUUGCUCUGGUUCGAAUUCUGCAGGGACUUUGUGAAGGCGUCGUGUUCCCGUCGUCGAUGGCCCUUCUUAGCCACUGGGCGCCUAAGCAUGAACGGUCGCGUAUCAUAUCGUACAACACUAUAGGCACAUCAAUGGGGACUGUAGUUACUUUGGUUGUCACAGGCCAGUUUUGCUCACAACAGAAUGGUUGGCCGAACGUGUUCUACGUUUUUGGCGGCGCUGGCUGCAUAUGGUUCAUGUUCUGGGCCUUAUUAGUACAUGAGCGACCCGAAUCCCAUCCGCGUAUUUCGAAGCAUGAGCUUAACUAUAUACAAAAUACACGAGGCUAUGUUGCAGGUCAUCGAGGUAAUCUGCCUUGGCGAGCUAUCCUCACCUCAUCCGCGGUGUGGUCACUAGCAGUGACCAUAUUCUGUGGAAACUACGGAUUUUACUUUUUGCUUAUCGAUUUACCGAAUUAUUUGAGCGGUGUGCUCCAUUACAAAAUUUCAAAUAAUGGCUUCCAAAACGCCCUCGUGCACCUGUCGUGCAGUCUGAGCAUGUUGCUCCUGGCUCCUGUUGCUGACUCACUUCGGAAGAAACGUUUGUGUCCAACUACUCGGAUUCGAAAAAGCUUCCAAAUGGUUGGUCUUAUGGGACCUGCAAUAUGCCUGGCUUUGGUGCCUUGGGCCGGCUGCGAUCAUAUGUAUGUGAUGACGUUGCUUGUGGCAGGUAUGUCACUUUAUGCAUUCACUGUGGGUGGCCAAAACCCGAUGCCAUUAGACAUGGCCCCAAAUUUCGCCGGCACCCUAAUGGGCAUUACCAAUGGUUUUGGUAAUCUCAGCGGAAUGGCGGCACCCCUUAUCACCGGUUGGCUGAUUCAACACAACGACACACUGGCGCAGUGGCGCAAAUUGUUUCUUUUAGCCUCGGCGAUCUAUUCGUUUGGUGCCGUGCAAUUCGCUUUGUUUGGUUCGGCUGAGCUACAGCCGUGGGCUGCUCCGACCGACAAGGUAGAGCUGUUCGGAGACGAAAGCGCCGCGAGCGACCACGAAGCUCUACACCUCACAUAAAUAUAAUCUAUAAUGAUCAAAAAAAUUUUCCCGCAUUAGCCCAUUUUUUCUAUUAUAUCGAUAAAGCAAACCCGUUGUCUAUUAUCGUAUGUACUUUCUCAUUUUUGUCGUUUUUGGAACACAGGGGUUUCGGAUGAACAGGAUAUCUCGAUAUCGAGAUUUUGCGAUAUAAUGUUUUCAAGAUUUCAUCAAAACCUAUGACCAGCGUCUUCUGCCUCGAUGUUUUACCCUCGUUUCACUGCUGUAUUGGAUAAUGUCGCUGAUUCAGUUUUGAGGCUAUUGUGUCAACGUCAAAUCAUCGCGUUCUUCAUUAAUAACAGCAGCAGUAUCGACAGGUUUAGCAUGGAUGCUGGCCGGAAUGACAUUGAAUGACUGGGCGGUAAUGCUCCGUCAGACAUUUGCCAUUUGUAUGAGAGAUCUGAGUGGACGCUGGAUGCAAGAAAUUACUCAAGUACAGCGUUCUCGGCUGUUCUCAGUCGGAAGCGGCGGCAGCGUUGUAUUAGGUGAUAGUAAAGCGGACAUCUUAUUAUUUUCGACUGUGAGCUAGGAAAAAGCAGUCAAAUUUCGAACAGCAGUGAGACUGAAUCAAAGGAGGAGAUCAAAUGUGCCUCGAGGAGCCGGCUAGGCAGAAAGAACAGGUAGAGUCGGAUAUCUGUCUGCCGGGCUAUGAUUAUUAUUCUUGUUGUUGUGUAUAUAUUGAGACAAGCAAAACAUAAAAAAAAAUAAUAGAUAGAUAUCGCAUACAUAUGGUGUGUGAUCUUAACUUCCGGAAAGGCACCGCGACGCAAUUACAGUAGGUGAUGUCUAUUAUUCAAACGUGACAUAUGCCAGGUAUAUGAUUUCCAUUGAGGCUAAGGGGUCAAUUGACUAAAUUAAUUAAUUCCACUGAACUGCAAUUGAUGCGUGCAACACUCGAUUAAAGGCAAUUGCGAUUGCAUAUCCAUGAGAGUUAGGCAUUCUCCCAGUCACCUUCGCGUUGUAUUAGAGCUGUAUAUUGUAUGCCCUUUAUAGAAAUAUGUUUAUUACUUUUUUGCUCUUCAUCCGUUUUUUUUUUCUCACUGCAGCAUGAAGAUGUGAGCGUUUUAGCCAGGCAACUAUUUCCGGUUAAGGUUGAAGUCAAUGCAGAAUAAUACCACAUCUGGGAUGGACGACAGGUCAUAUCCAAACAAGCUGCGGAGUAGUUCGAUUUGUGGCAUUAAACAAUUGUUGUGCGUUAGGGGCCCACGCUAAACAACCACAAGAUCCCAUGUUUGAUACCCAGCUGGCUCUUAGUAGUCUUUUUCCAAACAAACUGGGUUGAUAAUAUCAGUUAGCCAACUUGAAUAUCAUUAGUCUUCUUAUGCAUAAGAGACGCAAAUUAAUUUUUACCGCGCCACGGGUGGCCAGCUUACAGCUGAAAUGGUGGCACUGAAAGGUUUGAGACUUUACGAGGAAAAAACAGAAGUUUACAGGAUUUCAUUUAACAUUGCCUUACUGGACCCCCGCUAAAAGACACGCCACCAGUAUAUUUAUCAUGCAUCUCAGGAAUCAUCGAUGUCAUGCCAUCUAUUGUAGCAUUUAUUAGCAGACUUUUCUUUCAUAUUUUUACAAGUCUGAUGUGCCUGUGCGCGAUAAAAGACACAGUAAGCCAGUCCGUUUGUUUGGAAUGUUAUAGCUAUUAUAAUUAUCAAAUUCAACAUAAUCUUCGCAGUAUUUUUAUUUGAGAAUUGUAUCAUAAUCUCGAUGGUUGUUCUAUUAGAAUGAUGAUUGAACAUAUACAUGGUUUUUCAAUAAACCUCUAUCUAUUUAUAUAUCUGUCCAUGGAUUAAAGAAUGGUUAUAGAAUCAAUUGCUGUAUAAUGAGUGAAUGGGUGGCAAGAGGACUGUAAGUUCUAUGCUAAAUCGUUGUUUGUUACCAGAAGUGAAUGAGCAUUUAUAAUGAGAAAAAAUGACCAUUAGGUGGUUGAGUUAACACCCACUCCUGUUUCGGUUGUACCAGAGAAACUGGCCGAAACAAUUCCACUUUCUACUUCGAAUACGGGAAUACCUAGUUAUCACCUUAUCCAUCGAUAGGCUGCGUAAAUCCAUUUUAUUUUUCUAAUUUAACAACGACAAAAAUAAUAUAAAUGUAAUGCGAAGCGAUGACGUAAUACAACAUUGUGAUAUCUGUAGUAUAAUAUAAUAAUACUAAUUAAUAAUAACAGUAAUAAUAAUAAUAAUAAAUGUGGUAAUUAUGGCGAGUAUAAAUGUAGUCAUUGUAUUUAAUUAUUUCAAGCUGAGAGCAGGAAAAUAUAGUAGCAUCUUACGAUUAUAAUGAAAGGGAACGCUGUCAUAAUGAUGUGCAAUCUGCGUACUCAAAAGUAUUGAAUAGCAAAGAAAUAAGGAUGCCGAUGAUGAUUUGAUUGAUUCAUGCUAUCUAAAUAUGCGACAUCAUGUACAUUGUUGGACACGUG